UACAGGCUAUAAAAGAGUGGGUUUCCCAGGUAAAAGUCACGGACAUACAAAUGGACCGCACAUACAAAAUGCACCUGGGCGUGCUGUGGCUGGCAGUGUUGGCCCUCUCUCUCCCUGCGCUCUCUCAGUGUGAACCGCUAUUUGUUCUGACUGCGCCAAACCUGCUACGGGUGGGCUGUGAGGAGAAAGUGUUUGUGGAAGCGCAGGAGUACACAGGAGGAAGCCUCAGCGUCAUAAUCAGGGUGAUGGAUUUCCCUGGCAAGUACCGAAACCUGUUCUCCAAAACAGUGACCCUGAGCGAAGAGAACAGUUUCCAGGCUCUGCAAGAAAUUCUGAUCUCUGAUGUUUUUGAAGAAGAAACACUCAGGAAACAGUAUGUCUACCUACAAGCAAUAUUUCCCCAGAAGAAACUGGAAAAGCCCAUUCAGGUCUCCUUCCAGUCUGGAUAUAUAUUUGCACAAACUGACAAAACCAUCUACUCUCCACUGGACAGAGUUAAUUACAGGGUGUUUGCUUUGGAUGCUGCUCUGAAGCCAACAAGAAAUCUUGUUUCUGUGGACAUCAUGUCUCCUGAUGGAAACAUUGUCAGGAGAGAAAUCAUUUUUCCUAACAAUGGGAUCAGCUCACAACAGUACAGACUCCCAGAGACCAGCAGUGUUGGGACAUGGAAGAUGGUAUCCAGAUUCAAAAACAACCUGCAGAACUUUACCUAUGAGUUUGAGGUCAAAGAAUAUGUUAAGCCAAAUAUUGAAGUCACGCUGACACCAGAGAAGAAAUUCUUCUAUAUCGAUGAAACAGAACUGUCUGUUGAGGUAGCUGCAAGGUAUCUGUAUGGAGAGGAUGUUUCAGGGAAGGCGUUUGUGGUUUUUGGCGUGCUGACAGAGGAUGGUGAGAAGAAGAGUAUUCCUGCCUCUCUGCAGAGAGUGAACAUUGACUCAGGAAAGGGAAAGGCCAAGCUAACAAGAGAGCAAAUCCUAACGACCUUCCCAGACAUUAGACAGCUGGUCAAGCUGUCCCUGUAUGUGUCUGUCAGCGUCCUGACAGACAGUGGCAGUGAAAUGGUGGAGGGAGAGAGAAGGGGCAUCCAGAUAGUGACCUCACCCUACACCAUCCACUUCAAGAAGACCCCCUCCUAUUUUAAACAAGGAAUGCCUUUUGAUGUCAGGGUCUACGUCACAAAUGUGGACAACACCCCUGUGAAGUUUAUUGAGCUGGAGGUGACACCUGGGCCCAUUUUUGGCCGCACACAGGCAAAUGGGGAGGCAAGGUUUCUAAUCAACACCCAACAGGGGGCUUCCCCACUCCCGAUCACGGUGAAGACGAAGGCACCGGCUCUGACCAAUGAGAGACAGGCUGUGGCGCAUAUGACAGCCCUACCAUACAGGACGCAGGGCGGCUCCAAAAAUGACCUGUACAUCAGCAUCAAGAACAGUGAUCUUCAUAUUGGGGGCAGCUUGUCCGUCUACCUCACCCUUGUGAACAGUCCCAGUGUUCAAGCCCAGAUAAAGCAUAUUACAUACCUGGUAAUGAGCAAAGGGCAGCUCAUUCGUGCAGGGAGAUAUAAAGCACUGCACGGACAGUCACUAAUUGCCUUACAUGAGCGAGUGACCAAAGACAUGGUCCCCUCUUUCCGAAUUGUGGCGUACUACCAUGUGGGCACGGAAGUGGUGUCGGACUCCAUCUGGGUGGACGUUAAGGACAUCUGCAUGGGAACGCUUGAAGUCACCUCCACUAAACCGAAAGAUGUCUAUGAGCCGCGUAAGCUCUUCAGCUUGACCAUCACUGGUGACCCUGGGGCAAAGGUGGGCCUGGUGGCUGUGGACAAGGGUGUCUAUGUCCUGAACAAUAAGAACAGACUGACACAGGCCAAGAUCUGGGACAUCGUUGAAAAGCACGAUACUGGCUGUACGCCUGGGAGUGGCGCUGACAGCAUGGGCGUUUUGUAUGAUGCUGGGCUGGCGUUUGAAUCCAGCGCUGGUGGGACCAGAUCCCGAUCAGACCCCAACUGUCCCAUCCAUCCUAAGAGUCGAAGACGGCGCUCCCUAGGUGAAGAGGAUGACGAAUACGUUAGCAACAGUGAUAUCAUUUCCCGCGUACUGUUCGCUGAGAGUUGGUUAUGGGAGGUGAUUCAUCUGCCAGAGUGUCCCCUUGAAAAUAGAGAAUGCAAGUCCACAUCAGCCACAAAGAGCAGUUUCCUGAAGGACUCAAUCACCACCUGGGAAAUCACCGCUAUCAGUCUGUCCGAGACUCACGGAAUCUGUGUGGCUGAUCCCUUUGAGAUAAAGGUGAGAAAGAACUUCUUCAUCGACCUGAAGCUGCCCUAUGCCGCAGUGCGUAAUGAGCAGUUGGAAAUUAAGGCGGUGCUUUACAACUACCGUGAGGACAAAAUAAAGGUUCGAGUGGAGCUGAUGGAGACUGAGCAGGUGUGCAGCGCGGCCAGUAAGAAGAGGAAGUACCGCCUGCCAGACGUGGACAUGGACCCCAUGUCCUCACGUGCUGUCUCGUUUGUCAUCAUCCCGAUGGCCCUGGGUUUGCACUCCAUUGAGGUUAAAGCCGCCGUCCACGACUCCAUCCAAACAGACGGUGUCAAGAAGGACCUUCAUGUGGUGGCUGAGGGACUCCAAACCAGACGGGUUGUGACAGUGCCCUUGAAUCCGUCCAACUACGGUGGGGUUCAGAUACAGAAUAUCAGUGUUGUGCAGCCGAUAUCUCAGGUCCCAGGCUCACCUGGUUACACCUACAUAAGUGUGAAAGGUGAGCUGCCGAGGCUGGCCAAUCAGAAAGCCAUCAGUGGUUCCCCCAUGGGUCACCUUAUAGCUCAGCCUAACGGUAAUGCUGAGACUAUCAUGAUAGGCAUCACAGGACCCGUCAUCGCCACACACUACCUGGACAAAACCAACCAAUGGGAGAAAGUGGGAUUAGAGCGUCGGGCCGAAGCCAUCAACUUCAUUGAAAUGGGGUACACUAAGCUGCUGGUAUACCGGAACAAUGAGGGUGCAUUCAGCAUUUGGAAAGACAGGAAUCCCAGCUCUUGCUAUUGUGGUGUGCACAAGGGCAUCUCGGAAUGCAUAACGCGUCAAACCUUGAAGCAGAUGGGCUGCAGCAGCAGAAGACUAUACCAGGUUCUACUCAGGAACAGGAAGAUGACACUACAGUGGGCACACGAUCACCAAAACUGGACAACUGAAGAUUAUAAAAAUGUCACCUGGCUGGUGGCGUACAUACUCAAAGUUUUUAGGCUGACACACAAUCUUAUCAAAAUUGAUGAGGAUGUACUGUGCAGAGCUUUCAAGUGGCUAGCCCUGAAGACACAGCAGCCAGAUGGCAUUUUCAAAGAGGUUGGCCGUGUCUACUAUGAAUAUAUGGUGGGCGGUAUACAGGGGAAAGACAGUGAUGUCUCGCUGACAGCAUUCAUCCUCGUCGCCAUGCAGGAGGCCCGUCACAUCUGUGUGGAGGAAGUAAAUAGCCUGCAAGUCAGCAUGAAGAAAGCCAGCGAGUUCCUAUCUGGCAGGAUCCACAGCCUGACCAACCCCUACGCCGUGGCCCUCACUGCCUACGCUCUGGCCAAUGAGGGAAAUCAUCAGCUAGACAUCCUGAACCGCUUCUCAUCUGGACAAACACACUGGCCAGUCUCCGACAGUCACAUGUUCACUCUGGAGGCCACAGGCUAUGCUUUGAUGGUCCUGGUCCAGGCCAAGGAGUUUGACCAGGCUGGUCGUGUGGUCGAGUGGCUGACCGAGCAAAAGUUCUAUGGUGGUGGCCCCGGGUCUACCCAGGCCACCAUCAUAGUUUUCCAGGCUGUGGCUAUGUACAUAACAGAAAUAUCCGAUACGAAAGACACUGAACUGCAAGUGCGUUUGACCACGAGGAACUGGAGGAAGCCCAUCGUUUGGAUGUUUGCUGGGAAUGCUGCUCACAUCACUCGCACACACAAGGUUCAGCCUGACGUAAAUGUGACUGUCACUGCAACGGGAACAGGCGAAGGGACCCUUUCGGUGAUGACGAUAUACAACAGUUUGCCUGAGGAAAAGGAACCAGAGUGUAGGAACUUUGAAUUGGAGGUGAAGCUAAAGAAGGAACCACAUGCUACUGAUGAAAAUGUUCUGGAAACAUACAAGCUCACAAUUGAUAUGACAUAUCUAUCCGACAGAGAUGCCACCAUGUCUAUUCUGGAUAUCACCUUGCUCACAGGCUUCAUUGCAGAUAAGAAGGACCUCGAGAUGUUAACUGCAGGAAAGGACCAAUACGUCAAGAAGAUUGAGAUGAACACACAGCUUUCAGAGAAGGGCUCCCUUACUCUUUACGUGGACAAGGUUUCCCAUCAGCUGCCUGACAGAGUGGCCUUCAGGAUACAUAAGAUAUACAAUGUGGGUCUGCUUCAGCCAGCUGCAGUUACUCUGUAUGAGUAUUACUCCAUGGAAAGCCGCUGUAUGAAGUUUUAUCACCCAGAGAAGAAGAACGGGACCCUGAACAGGAUCUGCCAUGAGGAUGUGUGCCGCUGUGCAGAAGAAAACUGCAGCUUCCAGAGGAAAGAGAAUAAGAAGCUGGACCGUGUGUCUACUGCUUGUUCAACUAGCAUAAAUUACGUGUAUAAAGUCAGAGUGCUCAGCACUGACCUGACUUACACCAUCGACCGCUUCACUGUCCUUGUGGAGGAUGUCAUCAAAGAAGGCGCCGACCCUGUGGUGCGAGGGAAAAAUCUCACAUUUGCAGCCCAUCCCCAGUGCAGACAGGCAAUUGGUUUGAAAGAAGGAAAGACCUACCUGAUCAUGGGCAAGCCUGACAACCUCAGCAAAAUAGGAGAACGGAUGAUGUACAUGCUGGGUGAAGGAACCUGGAUUGAAUACUGGCCGACCGAGCCGGAGUGUCAGCAGCCAGCGUUCCGUGAAACCUGUCUGGGCAUUGUUGGAGAUACAGCUGAUCUAUUGAUGUUCGGAUGCCCCAUCUAAACCCUCUGUUGUUUCUGAAUCUUUAUUUUGUAUGGCGACUUGUGCAAACUUUUUACUUCUGCACAGCUGAAAAUGUGAGGACUCAACACAAACAGCUAUUUCUAUAAAAUGGUAAAACAUGUAUAAAUGUCAUGAAAUAAGCUGAUUAUCUGUAUUUCUGUCUCAAAAUGCAUCUUUUGAUCUCAAAUCCAAAUGCCUGAAGAAUAAAGUAUAGCAAAACUGA